AUCAUUGAUAUUAUAAAUGAAAUUAAAAAUAACAAAUUAACAAAUUAUAACGUUGAUGGAAAAACAUUUGAAAAGGAAUUUAAAGGAGAAUGUUUAAAAUGGGGAUUAGAAGUAGAUAAUGAAUCAAUUAGACUUACAGUAAUUGAUUAUAAUUAUCGUAGGAAUAGAUGGAAUCCGGAUGAUAAAAAAAAGAGUCUGGAUAUUCUUCCAUCAAUUUAUCCUAAUGGACAAAAAUUUAUACUACAUUGUGAAAUUCUUGAAAAUGAUGAUUUCGUUACGAUUACACGUAUUGGUGUAAUUAUUUGGACUUAUAAAUCUUCUAAAAUUAAGAUGCAUUACUAUUGGAAUAAUUGGAAUGAUCGUUUAAAUUUUAAAAAUGUAGACAUAGAGUUUAAAAAUCCCUUUGAAAGCUGGACUCCAGGAAGAAUUCUUCCUGCUUCAA